CCGAUUAGCAAUUUCAACCAGAAACAAAACGUGAUUUUUUAAUUUAAUUUUUUGGAAGAAACCCAGCUGUUUUGGCCUCAUAAAAUGGAGAUGAUGCAUGGAGCAUCGCUGCUGUCGCGGCCGGCUGAUGAGUUUGGCAACGAUUCCCUGGUGGAGGAAAUGUGGGCAUCCAAAGCUUUGGAACACGCCGAGGUUCACUUCAACCUGAUCACCAGCAUCCAUCCCUCCCAGUUGAAACUCACGCCCUACGACGACCAGAUAUAUGCCACCUUCCGGCAGGAUUUCCCAGACCUCCAGGUGGGCCGGCUCACCGACGAUAUCCUCAAAUCCGCCACGGAGAAGCUCAGGUGGCGCCAGUUCGCCGAAAAGUUCAACAAGAUGGACGACUAUUCGUACGGAACCCUCAUGCGCGCCGAUGCCAGCAAGGAAUUCUCCCCGGACAACUCCAUCUUCGUGUUCCGAGUCCAGUUCCUCGCCAUUGAGAUUGCCCGCAAUCGGGAGGGACUUAACGAUGAGGUCUACAAGACGUACAAGCCAGCCAGAAAGAUCCCGGAGGAGGGCCAGUAGUCCGAAGCCUUAGCUUAGAUUAAGUUGUAAAGACUAAAUACAUUUUUAGGUGGUGUUCGUCUAGCUACUAUUAAAAGCAAUCAAAUUAUUAUUUUAAAAAUAAAAACAAGGAAUUAUUGUUUAA